UAUCGAAUACAUGCCGUAAAAACAUCAAGACAAUCGAAUGUGACUACUGGCACGGCAUAAAAAAAUUGAGUUUUCAUUUUUUUUACGGAACCGCGAGCACGAGAACCGAGCCACCAGCCAAAGGAUUGUCGAGCGAGCCCAAGCAUUGCGCUGACCCGGUGAACGACAUAAGACGCUGUCCCUCCGCCCCGUCAACGACAGCAGUCCGAUUCACCGUUAUCCCGUCGCCUCGGCUGCCGCCAUCCUCCGGGUGAAGAUGUCCGACUACAGUGACCUUGACCGCCAGAUCGAGCAGCUAAAACGCUGCGAGAUCAUCAAGGAGAACGAGGUUAAGGCCCUGUGCGCCAAGGCGCGCGAGAUCCUUGUGGAGGAGGGCAAUGUGCAGCGGGUGGACUCACCGGUGACCGUGUGCGGCGACAUCCACGGUCAGUUCUACGACCUGAAGGAGCUGUUCAAGGUUGGCGGUGAUGUCCCCGAGAAGAACUACCUGUUUAUGGGUGACUUUGUGGACCGCGGCUACUACAGCGUGGAGACGUUCCUGCUGCUCCUGGCGCUGAAGGUGCGCUAUCCGGACCGCAUCACACUGAUCCGCGGCAACCAUGAGUCUCGCCAGAUCACCCAGGUGUACGGCUUCUAUGACGAGUGCCUGCGCAAAUACGGCUCGACGGCCGUGUGGCGCUACUGCACAGAGAUCUUCGACUACCUCAGCCUGUCUGCGAUCAUCGACGGCAAGAUAUUCUGCGUGCACGGCGGCCUGUCGCCGUCCAUCCAGUACCUGGACCAGAUCCGCAGCAUCGAUCGCAAGCAGGAGGUGCCGCACGACGGGCCCAUGUGCGAUCUGCUGUGGAGCGAUCCGGAGGACCAGACCGGCUGGGGCGUGUCGCCGCGCGGCGCUGGCUACCUCUUUGGCUCGGACGUGGUCUCCCAGUUUAAUCGCACCAACGAGAUCGACAUGAUUUGCCGUGCGCACCAGCUGGUGAUGGAGGGCUUUAAGUGGCACUUCAACGAGACUGUCCUCACCGUCUGGUCGGCGCCCAACUACUGCUAUCGCUGCGGCAAUGUGGCUGCCAUCUUGGAGCUGAACGAGUACCUGCACCGCGACUUUGUCAUCUUCGAGGCGGCUCCGCAGGAGAGUCGCGGAAUACCCUCGAAGAAGCCCCAGGCGGAUUACUUCCUCUAAGACGGGCGCAGUCGCCGCAACCCGCUUCGGCUCCGCUGACGGACGCGGAGCGGGGCCACCACUGGUGGCAGGCACAAUAUAUAAAGGGAAAAUACAAACUGCCAGCCUGCCUAAGCAAAACAAAACAAAACAAACACGAAACUGCAGGUGCAAGGAGAAACAUUUGUAACAUACACGUAAGCUAGGAUAUCAAACGGCGGCGAGCGAUCGACUGCAUGUGCAUCCCUAGCAGCCAGACACAGUUCCACCUUCAGUUUUACAUAUAUUUUCGAGAUAUCUUACAUAUAUACUUUUUUUUUUAACCAUCAUUUUACCUCUGUGUUUCAUCUGCAAUUCGCGUUCUUUUGAUGGCUGUUUGUGCUGUUGCGUGUUUCGUGUAAGCGAAGAGAUCAACAUCAUCGUGGAUCGCCUAUGCAACCUGCGUAUUGCAUCUAGCUACUAACUAAUAGGAUUAAUGACCUUUCUCCGAGGCUCCUCCGAAUUCGCCUGGCGCAGACGCAGACGGCUUGCAUUCACACCCGUAACUGCCGUCUUCUCGAUGCGAAUUCCCCCGAGAUCGGUCCACUUACUAUACACAUACAUGUAGGUUAAAGCAAUAAGCUAUAUUGGUCGACAGAUUGCAUAAAGUCGGCAGAGUUAGAAAGGAACUAGGAGGAAAAGUGUUAGGUCGUCAAUAUGUUUACAGAUUUAGGAACGACUUUGCAUGCAUGCCAGCUACGGAACUUCUCAGCAAGAUUACAGCUGGAAAAGACCAGAUACGAAGAAAGUUCUGUAGUAAUUCGUAGUAUGUAAGAAAUUUUAAGUACGCCCCAGAUUGGGAUAUUAUAUACAAGUAAUUAUAUAACUUAUAUUUAAAAUAAAGAUUGUAAGCUGAGGACGAAA